AGUGACCGAACGCCGGAAAGUUGAAAAUGAAAACAGCCAAUUGGAAAUAACAUAAAAUAUGGAAAAAGAACGUGAAAAAUUUAAAUAAUUACCUCAAAUUAACACAUUUGAGCCAUGGACGAAUUCUGCCGCACUUGCGGUAAACAGGUUGUGCCGGAGCACUGUCUGCAGAUGUUUUCAAGUGAGGGCCGCCAGAUGUUGCACUGUGUCAGAACCAUAACAAACUGCUGGUUUCAAAAUGCUCCUGACUUUCCCUGCUAUAUGUGUAUUGAUUGUCAAAAUCUGCUCAGAAAAGUGCAACGCUUCCGAAGGAGAUGUGCAAAGAUUGAGAAGUAUCUCUCUAAAAAGAAACUAAAAACUAGCUUGGCAGAGGAUCCUGCAACUGUGGCGCUGCAGCCUCCUAUUCAACAGGUGCCCGCUGCUGAUCCUCUGGGCAUCGAUGAGUUGAUGGAACCCAGUGAGGUGAAGAAGGAACCAGAGCCCAUGCCGGAAGAGAACGUUGAGAACAUAGAAGACACCUUUGAUGAGACGCAUAUUGAAGAGGGAUUUUUCCCUAUACCUGAGGACUAUGGAGAAUCCCAGCCCGAGAUCUGUACUAACCAGCGCAAGAUGAAGGUGAAGAAUAAGUCCAAUAAAAAAACGAUGCGCCUGGGCCGAAAGCUGAUUCACGUUAAAGUCAUUGACGACAAACAACCAAAGCGCAUUGUGGACCGGAAUAGCACCACAGCGAAGCCCUGCAUCUGCGAACACUGCGGUCGACAAUUUAAGGAUACCAGCAACCUCAACGUUCACCUGCUGCGUCACACGGGCACCAAACCCUUCGAGUGCGAGCAAUGUCACCAGAAGUGCUACACCUUGCACCUGCUGCGUCGCCAUCAACUUAAGCACACGGAGGGUCCUUACGCCUGCACCUUCUGUGGCUUGGAGUACAGCACAAACAGUUCAAGGGUGAGGCAUGAAAGAGAGGCCUGCAAAAAGGGUCGAGCGCCGCAAUCCAAGUGGGAAAUCAUCAAAAAGGGCGAGCGUACUUUCCAUUGCGAAGUAUGCGAUCUGUGGUUUUUGCGCGCCGGAAACUUCACCCAGCACAUCAACUCCUCCAGUCACGUUGAAAAUGAAAGGCGAAAAAUGCGAAAAUCAAAAUCAAUUCAAUCCUCGGAUACAAAUACAUAAAACAAAUGAGAUAAAGAAUAGUCAACCACAUUUUUAUUCAACGACGAAUUCAUUAAUAGACCUCUUUUUAUGCAGA